AUGUCGCAAAAUUCCGCAUCGGCCGUGGUAGAAAUCGGAAGUCUUUGGACCCGCAAUCACGGCCAAAGCCAAUUCGUGGGCAGCUCAUCCGGCGUCUUCUUUGUUCAGACUGUUCGAAAUGCAUUCUCAAAUGCAGCGACGGACCUGAGUAGAGGUCAACAGCACCGUGGACCAUCUCCUGACCCUGCAGGAUUGUCAUCAUGGUCCCCGGAAUUGAUCUAUGGAAGUGAGACGCAUACAACCCCGCGGGAAGGUGUAUCAGGAGUCUCUUCUUCUGGACAAACGACCCUGUUGCAUGAUAGCCUACCUGAUUACCCUACAGCUCGAAGGCUUUGCAAGUUAUAUUUCCGGACAUGGCAGUCUCUCAUACCUUUCAUCCAUGCUCCCUCCCUUUUGACAGAUCUUGAGGAAUUGAACUUGGACAACAGCAAUUCCAACACAAAGCUUGGUAAAGAUCUGGCAAAGGACACCAUUCUUCUUUGUGUGUUACAGAUAGGUGCUCUCGAGGACACAGAAACGCAGAAUCGAUGUGGACAUGGUGGGUCUUUUGGUGACAGUCUGCUUCCACAUCUUGCUGUCAUCGCCAUGAAUGACAGCUUGACCUCAAUCCAGGCCCUAUUGAGUUGCCAGCUGUAUUUUGUUGCCACAAUGUCUUUUCAUGCGGCCUCGAUCACAGGUGGACUGAUCAGUCGAUCUAUCAUGAAGGCUGGUCUGCAUCGAUGCCCCUGGCGCUAUCCUGGUUUGACAAGCCUGGAGCGGGACAUGCGCAAACGUGUCAUAUGGAGUGCAUAUGUGUUGGAUAGAUUCCUAUCUCAGGCACUUGGUCAUCCGUUAGGUCUCCAGGAUGCAGACAUCGAUGUGUGUCUGCCAGGCACAAAGGAACUUCAUGAACCGAUGCAGCGUGGAAAUUCAGCUGCAACUUCAGCCUCGGUCGACGACACAGCCAUGCCUUUAUCUUCAACACAUAGAGAGGGACGUACGAACUUGGUUGGACGAGCCCAAACGAGCACUGUUCAGUGUGACGUCCACCCAGACACAGCACUUCCUGAGAAGCGAUCUCAGCAUGUCAGCUCAGCACCAGACCUACUGUCUCUCCAUGCCGAGUGGGUUCAUGGCUCACAAUUCUUAGGUCGGACGGUCGAUACAUUCCAUGGCUCGAUUCACGUACGCUCUGCGUCCCCAGAACGAGCAUUACGUCUGAAAGCUGAUAUCGAUGCGUGGGCCAACAGCUCGGUAUAUGAGGUGACUUCGACUCAGCUCGCAACGAACCUCGAUCUUGAUGAUAUCCAACAAUCUGCUGAAUAUUUUGCCAACGUGUUCCUAUCCACAUAUUACCACCAUAUGGUCUUACUGGUCAAUCGGCCAGCUCUGUCCAAGGAGCGCAGUUCUGCAGAGUUUCAGGCUGCUGUGCAGAAGUGUAUUGGAGCGGCAAAAUCGAUCCUGCAGAUCUUGAGCGGUCACAUGGUGCGACAGCUCCGGAUAUUCUGGCCUGGUCAUCUUCUCGCUGUGUGGAUGAGUGGACUUGUCAUAGCGUUUGCUGGUCGCAUCAACGCGUAUAACAAGACCAAAGCUGCUAAGGACAUAUCUUUAGCUAUCAAAUUGCUCGACAGUAUGAGCCAGCGUUGGUCAAGAGCCAUCCCUUGCCGUUCUGUAUUGUCACUUCUGCUUGACAACAUUGUUGAGCAGCCACAAGAUCCAGGCGCCAAUGCAGCUUCCACCAGAACUUCCACCCAGCCGAAUAUUGCGGGAGAAAUACGAGGGAUCCCAGAAAACACACCAAGCAAUGCAAAGAGUCCGAGCGCUAAUUCGGAGAAUUCUCAACAUCGGCGAAAACGGACAAGAUUAUCAACGAGGAGAGAUGCUAACUCAGAGGGCGCACUUCUCGGGCUAGAAGACACUCCCAACUCCCUACUAGCCGCCAACAUGACUCGUCCUGACAUUGCGGAUAACGCAAUAGGUGGGGUCGGAGAAAACGGACGUCAGUCAGGAGAACGUCAACCAAUCCUUGAUAACCCCAUGACACCGUCUCAUGCCGAUGCAUCCAUAGCAUGGCAGAAUCAGCAAGCGACCUCUAUGGCUCCCGCAGCUCUCCAAGAACGUUCGGAUUUCGAUCCAUUCCAUCAAAUGGACACUUUUGCAGACACAGGCAACCUCGAUGACAUAUAUCUUGACAGUAUGGGCUGGGAUUCUCUACAGCAACUUGUAACAGAUCUGGACUGGUCUCUAUGA